AUGCCACUCAGCAUUACUACGAAUGCCUCCUUCGAAGAUGAUGAUGAAGGUGAUGCAGUUAAUAGCGAAACUGAUGACGAUAAUACUGCCAAUACAGUUGAAGCUGAAAUCGAUGGCGAUGAUGUCGAACAAGAAGUUACAAGGCCUAUUACCACCAUUAGAAGAGCCCAGCAAAACAUUAGCGUAAUGCAAUUUUAUGCUCAUCGAUUGCAAGUAAGACCCAACGCAGGAAGGCUGCAUUAUUUCGGCUGGCUAUUCCAUCAAUAUGUAGUGGACAUGUAUGUGAAGGUUGAACAUCGACGUUUGGAAUAUCUACGAAAUAACCAGGGAUCGUUACGAACAGAGCUGUAUUCAGGGCUUACAGAUGCAGCGGUAUCUGAUAGCACCAUCUCCACUGAGGAGAUUGGUAAGCAAAUUAUUUUACCCUCAUCACAUACUGGAUCACCAAGAUCAAUGCAGCAGUUAUAUCAGGAUUCAAUGGCAAUGGUUUCUGCAUUGGGUUAA